AUGGGCGCGCUUCAGCGGAGCAGGGGGGAGCGGGAUUUUGCGCGGGAGGCGCAGGAAGCGCAAGCCAGGCGGGAUAAGUUCGCGUUUUUCGAAAAGGACUGUAGCCGAGUGCUGGAGCAUGUAUAUGUGGGGAGCGACUUUGUAGCGAGAAGCAGGGAGGUUCUUAAGGAGGCUGGGAUCACGCAUGUGCUGAACUGCGUGGGGUUUGUGUGCCCCGAGUAUUUUCCAGAGGAGAUUAAGUACAAGACGCUCUGGCUGCAGGACAACACGGGCGAGGACCUGCUGUAUGUCUUGUUUAACGUGUUUGACCACAUUGAGGUUGACAACACGGGCGAGGACCUGGUGUGCGUCUUAUGCGACGUGUUUGAUUGCAUUGAGGCCGUGCGGGCGGAUGAAGGGGUUGACAACACGGGCGAGGACCUGGUGUGCGUCUUAUACGACGUGUUUGAUUACAUCGAGGCUGUAAGGGCGGCGAGGGGCCGCGUGUUCAUCCACUGCUGCCAGGGCAUCUCGCGCUCCACGUCGCUCGUGAUUGCCUACCUCAUGUGGUGCGAGGGCAUUCCCUUUGGGGACGCGUUCAAGCGAGUCAAGGCGCUGAGGGCAGUGGCCAACCCCAACAUGGGCUGUCACAUGUACCGCAUGGCGCCGCACUCGCCGUACGACGCACUGCACUUGGUGCCGAAAAUUACCACCCUCUCCCGCCACUCGCUCGACCCACGAGGGGCCUUCAUUGUGCAGAUACGGACAAAAGUAUACUGUUGGCGGGGCAAGGAAUGCCACCCGCUCAUGGCCAAGCAGGCCCUCGCAGCUGCCGCCCAGAUCAUCAAGUACGAACGGCUGGGGGAGGUGUCAUCUGCUGGUGGUGGGGAGGUGGUAUCUGCAGGAGGAGGGGAGGUGGCAUUUGGGGAAGGAUGCAAAUCUUUUGAGCUGCCUGGAGCGGGGAAGAGGUUCAGUGCUGAGUGGAGGGAUUGGGGGAAGAGAAGCACAGAACGGAUGUGCUAG